AUGUCGGCCCAAGGAGGUGGAGAGACUGUCAACCUCGACACCCUGAGCGCUCCCCAGCUCAGCCAGGUCAAGAAGCAACUCGACGAGGAGCUCGAGCAUCUGACCACGUCCUUUACCCAGCUGGCUGCCGCCCAGUCCAAAUUCCGCGAAUGUCUCCGCUGCGUACAGGGCGGCAAGUCUCCUACACUCGAGGAUGACAAGUCCAUUCUUGUCCCCUUGACCAACUCCCUCUACGUUCGCGGCAAGCUUGCCAGCGCUUCACAUGUUAUUGUGGAUGUUGGCACUGGUUUCUAUGUCGAAAAGGAUAUCAAGUCCGCUACCGAAUUUUACAACAACAAGGUCAAUGAAGUUGGAAGCAACAUCAAGGAGCUCGAUACCAUCAUACAGUCCAAGACAAACAACGUUCGGGUGAUAGAAGAAGGUAUAUGCCAUUAUUCUGUUACAAAUGCCUUGGCGCCCAUAACUAACUGGUCUCGCUCCUCAGUCCUCAGACAGAAGAUGGCUUCCGCGCCCCAACAGCAGCAGCAGCAGCAAUAA